GAGGCCUCUCUGCGCUCCCUGCGCGGAGCAACACACACGACCUGCGAAAAAAGUCGCGUAGGAUUUUGUUGCGGGGGGAAAACGGGAUCAGUCGGCUUGGGCACGAGCCCCACGCAGGCCUCCCUGCCUGUGGCAGCCGGGGUCCUCAGCGUCCGAACCCCGAGGCCCCCCGAAAGACCAGUAAAGAAGCACUAUCCAGGCACCAGGGUCGCCUCCGCCCACUCCCGGGAGCUGGAGGCGGGGGGCGCCGUGAGAGCAAGCCCCAGGCCCGCGCCAGGCUGGCUGUUGCGAAACGUGGCGGAGGCGGAGAGCGGAGGGAAAGAGAAGACCGAGGGACUGGAGCCCUGUCGGCAGGGAUUGAGCGAUUCAAGGACAUCUCGAAAGAGAAAGCCUGGAAACUGAGCUCCAGCCUGAUCUGGGACUCCUGACGUGGCCGGGACAAAAUUCCUCCUUCAUUACAGCUCCAGCCGAGCUGGUUCCUGACUCUUCUCUCCUCUAUCGGGCAAAGAGGCGGGUGAGGAGCGCAGCCGGACCCUAACUAUUUAUCAGCCCUGGCCUUCUCUCCCCAAGCCUGGCCAGAGAAACUUGAGUGGGCCUACGGGGAGAGGUGUUGAGGGGGGUCUCCGGAGGGAAAAAAAUCCACCAGAGUUUUCCAGGCCUUUCAAUUCCCUCCAGCGCCCCCCACCCCUCGCCUCUAGUGCCUCCACCAGUGAGGAGGGGGCCUUCUCCUGGGCAGGGGCGGAGAUUUCCUGGGAAGAAGCAGGCAAGAAAGCCUGAGACUUGGGGCUACAGGGGGAAAGGAAGGGGCCGAAUGGCUGCAGACACCCUGUGAAGGCUGCCCAGGCGCUUGCCCUGCCCACCCCCAGGUCCGCCCCAUUCCUCCUAGUAGCUCAGAAAUUCCUCUCCUGGAACUUACAGAUUCAGGUUCCUGGAAAGGCUGGCCCAGAGACCUUUUCCCCAAAGGGCACAAAACAGGCCUUUUCCUCUGCCCUUUUCCUCUGCCGUGCUCACGUAAUAUUUGUGGAGGCUUGAAUCUUGUUUUUCCAUGCCCUCAAUUUAGACAUCUAUUUUCUGUCUAAAACCUCUGGCAUAGGUACCACAUAAGGAUUCCACGCAGGGAGACAGAGCAGUCCUCUAGACCAUCGUCUGGCUCUGUCCGUGUACACACACACACACUUGAACAUUGCCUUGUUGCCACUCUGGGGACCCUAGCAUGGUGAGGUCUAGUCAACUCCACCUGGCCCCUCACCUCCAGAUCCAUCCCUGACGGCCUGCAGCACCCUCAGCCUCAUCACCCCCCUAUCUUGUUCUAACCACUCAGGAUCCCUCCUCCCUCUUGUCUAUCUUGUCUACCUCUCUAGAGGCGAAUUCUACUUUCUCAUGAUGGGCACCUCUUCAGCAGUGGUGGGGCCUUAGGGCCUGCGAGGCAAGGGACUUCUGCCUUUGGUUUAGGGAACCUAAGUUUAAACCCCAUUGGUUCUCCAGUCUGGGCAUGGGCCGCCCUACCUAACUAAAUCCCUUUUCCUCAGCCAUUUUUGAAGAUUGGAAGACCAUGGAGGUUGGGAGAACGGGGCUAUCCAUUACAAAAAGCACUCUGUACACAACAAGUGGCGCCUCAUCUUUCCCAAUUUUAAAUCGAAUUUUAACAGCUAGCUCAGGGGUUGCCCCAACAGCCAGCUUCUCCUUACAGGGUAGGAAAUCCAGCCACAGGAAAGCGAGCUGGCGCUCCAGGAUGCAAUUCCCCCAUAUAGGCACCAGGUGUCGCUGUGGGCUUGUUGUCCCGGCUACCCCCAAUUCCAAGAACCAUUUUUUUUCCUCCCCCUUCCCUCUCUCUCUCACUCCCUCUCCCCCUUGGUUGGGCUUUGCCUACAUAUCGAGAUGCGUUUCGCCGGCUUCCAUCACUAACCUCCCGGAGGUCAUCAAGCCAAAUUUAUGAGUGGCCGCUUGAGUCACGUGACUCUAUUUAAGGCUCCCUUAUUUGGGAAGAGCGCAUAGGAUAAAGAAAGAGAUAUCUCCACCUAUAAAUUGUGCACUUUGGAGAACAAAAAACCCCUCAACUUCAAAGAGUCACAAAUCACCCUUAAUCAAAAAGGGUGCAGAAAUUUUUUUGGGCCCUCCCCGCCAUGAGCUCCUACGUAGCCAAUUCAUUCUAUAAGCAGAGCCCCAAUAUCCCUGCCUAUAACAUGCAAACUUGUGGGAACUAUGGAUCGGCCUCAGAGGUGCAGGCAUCCAGGUACUGCUACGGCGGAUUGGACUUAAGCAUCACUUUCCCACCGCCUGCGCCUUCCAACUCUCUCCACGGGGUAGACAUGGCUGCCAACCCCCGGGCUCACCCCGACCGCCCCGCCUGCAGCGCCACGGCCGCUCCGGGACACGCUCUGGGCAGAGACGAAGCGGCUCCUCUGAACCCCGGGAUGUACAGUCAGAAGGCGGCUCGCCCGGCGCUGGAGGAGCGAGCUAAGAGCAGUGGGGAGAUCAAAGAGGAGCAGGCGCAGACAGGGCAGCCCGCCGGACUGAGCCAGCCACCGGCCCCGCCACAGAUUUACCCGUGGAUGACCAAACUGCACAUGAGCCACGAGACGGACGGCAAGCGGUCCCGAACCAGUUACACGCGCUACCAGACUCUGGAACUCGAGAAAGAAUUCCACUUUAACCGCUACCUCACUCGCCGCAGGCGCAUAGAGAUCGCCAACAACUUGUGUCUCAAUGAGAGACAGAUCAAGAUCUGGUUCCAGAACCGCAGGAUGAAGUGGAAGAAAGAUUCCAAAAUGAAAAGCAAAGAGGCUCUUUAGAGGCAGCGGGGGAGGCCCGCAUAGAGCGCCCCUAGCCGGCUCCGGUCCCUGCGCCUUUCCUUUUCGCCUUUCCUUUCUAUAUUUUGGGGCGGGGGCAGGUGCUGGAGCACUGGGCUUCCGGGCCUCACAGACAAAAGCGCUUUUCCUUGGCAUUCCGCAUCCCCACCGACCCAGGGUUCCCGCGGGGUUGCCCACGCUGCCCCGUCUCCCCUCAUCUCGGCUCAGCUUGGUACCCGGGGCCCAGGGCAAGAUCCGCAGGGCUUCCCCGGAGGGCUGCGACGUACAGGCUGGCGCUGAACGAACCUUGGCCUGGGCCAUCUCUCCCGGCUCCCAGCCCCAGCGCGGCCCUCCCAAGUUAAGGUGGGCCCGGCCGGCGCCACAGGACCCUCGCCCGACCCUCCAGCUUCGCCCUCUCCUUUGUUCCCGGCUGGGCGGGUUAGGCAGCCGCAGGCUGAUGAGAGUCUGGCCCCAGACUCGGGGUGCUUUCUUGUAGCAACUAAACUAGAUUUUCACUUAUUAAUUAUUUGCAUAUGAAAAAAGAACUGAACAUCGGCCUAGGGCAGCCUGGGUUGCUCUAUGCAUUCCAAACCUUAUCCCCACAACCGCACCCUCCCAAAACCCGGGAACCUCCCCAGCCUGCGCCUGCUGCAUGCCCUCUCAGGCCGGCAGCCCCAGCCUGCUAGCUAGCUCAACGUUUGGGGUUUCCUGACACUGGACCCCAGCAAGUGGUCCUAGAGGCCCUUUGCUGUCCCAUAGUCCCUGCCACGACUUUCUGUGCCCUCCUGACCCAUUGCUGUUGUUCAACUAUUUAUUGACUCUGGGUCCUUCCUGAAACUAUAUUUUGUCAUAUCAAAUAAAGACGAAGAGAACAAGACUAAA